AUGCUACGGCCCUGUGUGCCGCAUUGGAUCAGGUGGCCGAGCUGGAGGGGAGGAUCGAUCUCGUUUACUUCGACGCCUAUGCGCUUCUCUGCCCAGGAUCGACAGCUGAGGAGACGCCAGUGGCCACGCGGUGGGAAGGAGGGUCUGCGCAAAGCUCGUCGCCUCGGCGCCCAGGCAGGCAUAAACUUGGGCUCCAGCGGCAUCGUCUGCGCUCAGCGCGAGAGACUGUGGCAGCUCCUUAGAGAGCCUCUCUUCGAUGUCAUCAUGCUCAACGAGGACGAAGCAAAAGCGCUAUUCAGCGAGGACGCGAGCCCUCGCGAAGUCUGCGCGAAUCUCUCAGAGUUCUGCCAGCUUGUCGUGCUCACUUUGGGCUCCAAAGGCCUCUACGUCGCCAAUGGUGGCGAGGUGGAAUUCAAUAGUGUGGAAGCCAUUCACGAGGUUGUGGACAGCACCGGCGCCGGAGAUUUCUUCGCUGGCGGCUUCCUUGCAGCCUGGUUGAGGCAACAGCUCGCAAGUUGCACGCCUUGGGGAUACGAAGCUGCCGCCGCCGUGCUGCGCAUCUUCGGCACGGAGCUGGGCCCCGAAGGUUGGCAGCAGCUUCGCGCCAGCUGCUCCGAACUGGCA